AUGCCUCAUCCGGUAACACCAAGAGGCCGCAAGGACUUCAGCGUUGCGAUAAUAUGUGCUCUAGAGGUUGAGUCUGACGCAGUAGAGCUGCUUUUUGACCACAUCUGGGAUGCAAACGGCGAUCGAUACGGCAAAGCGCAUGACGACACAAAUUCCUAUCGCACAGGAGCGAUCGGCAAUCAUAAUGUCGUGUUAGCAUACAUGACUGGCAUGGGCAAGGUCCAAGCAGCAACUGUCGCAAAGAGCUGCCGUUCGAGUUUUCCAUGUAUCCGAAUUGCCUUGAUUGUUGGCAUUUGUGGAGGGGUGCCAGGAAGCAUUGAAGGGGGAAUGUUCCUGGGUGAUAUCAUAAUAAGUGAUGAGAUUUUGCCAUACGAUUUUGGAAAGAGGUUCCCCGGGACAUUCAAAUACAGAGAAACAGCGUCUUGCUCUACUGUGAGCAGCGAGGUGCAAGCCUUUUUGCGCAAGCUUAGAAGCCCAAAGGGCCGCGAGCAUCUAAUCAGCAGGACAGAGCAUCAUCUUGAUGCCCUUCGAACGCGAAGUAGCGAUUAUUCUCGCCCUUCUAGACAAACUGAUCUCCUUUUCGAGCCAAACUACCAUCACAAGCAUCACGAAACCUCGCAAUGCAAAACAUGUGGGAAACCCAAGUCUUGCAAAAAAGCGCAGAAGGCCACUUGUAAAGAUCUGAAAUGUGACGUGGAGAAAUUAGUCGUUCGUUCGCGUUCAUCCCAGAGGAAAUUCAGCAUCCACUUUGGGCGAAUCGCAUCAGGGGAUACGGUGAUGAAAUCGGGCAUGGACAGAGACAGAAUUGCUGACAAAGAGAAGGUGAUUGCAUUUGAGAUGGAGGGCGCCGGCAUUGCCGGCAUCAUGCCUUUUAUUGUUAUAAAGGGGGUCUGUGACUAUGCCGACAGCCACAAAAACAAGAUUUGGCAAAAGCACGCUGCUGGAGCAGCAGCUUCGUGCAUGAAAUCAAUGCUCGAACAGUGGGCAGUCAUGGAUCAAUUCGAAGAGACACACCAGCAACCGUCGGGCUCCUCACAGGAGUCUAAAUGCUCUAUCAAAGAAACCUCCUCCGAAGUAUGCGCUCUGCCAACACGCAACAAUGAAGGCUAUCACUCAAAGCACAAUCCUGAUGCCAGCAAUGAGGAGCUUUUGCGAGUUUUACCAGAACUUGAUUCUUGCUUCAAAUGUGUCAUUAAAUCCUUCAGAGAACACCGAAAGUAUUUGCCUAGAGACGCUGAUCUCAAGGAAAUAUUGAAGAACCAGCGUUUCAUUGUCUCUGAUCAUGCAAAAGUCCUGUUAUCAAAUGGCAGUAUUAGUUCAUCUAGGGUGUCCUGUCUAGAGAUAGCUCUGGGGAUUCAAAAGAAGCUUGAAAUCAUCGAGGACCUUGUCAGACAGAUUCGGGUUACUACUCAGACAAGAUCACAGCCCAUUAGUGCAUUGUCAUCGCUCAAGGUGAGUGAUAUCCCAUGCAAACACCGCUCAAACCCUCAGGCUAAUAAAUCAUAUAUCCAGAACUCUGUAGAAGACUUGGAAUCCCUGAUCCAAAAUUUCACAUCGGCCAUGAGCCAACCGAUGAAAAUCUAUGACUGGCGAGAAUCAACGAUAACCAGAGCCCCUAAACGUCGUCGGAAAUUUGAGGACUUUCGUGUCGUCCAACAAGCAGCUCGAAGCCUCUACGAAGCUGUGGGGACAGCCUGUGCGGCGCAUACUGUCCAUACUGUGCAUAUAUCCCUCCAGCCAGCCCUUGACGGAACAACAACCCGAGUCCGAUUCAACGUCGCCUUUUUUCAACACAAAAAAGCACCGGAGAACACGGUCUGGAUCGACGUGGAAUCCACAAUCAAAUCCCAUGAAAGUUAUUCUCAACUAGAAUUCACAUCAUCCUCGGGUGAAAGUCAUUCUCUCAAACGACAACGCGAAACUGAACGUGGAAACUGCUCAUCAGCACAACGAAAACGUGUUCAGUUCAAGUUUCCAGUAGCGCCAAUACAGUCACUAUGCCCAAAAACGGACGCCGUUGAAAUCCCAAAUCUCCAUAUCCAACGCAACUUCUGCAAGGUGGUCGAGAGAUUCUUAAAUCAACAAGAACCUGACAGUUGUAUUGGCUUACUAGGAGACAAUAGAACAUGCAAACAUUUGGCAUAUGUAGCCAGUCGGACUAGUGUAACAACUUCAGCCAUGUCCCUGUCUGAGCUAAUAUCACAACCAAGAUCCGAUAUCACGAUGGAAAUGAGCCAGUAUGAACGUGUUCGUCUAGCGAAAUAUCUUGCUACUGCUGUUCUUUACUACCAUGCCACGCCUUGGCUCAACAAGGGAUGGAGAAGUGAAGAUGUUCACUUAAUUAAUAGUUCGGAUCCUUUCAUUGAACAGCCACAGCAUAUCCUUGCUUAUAUGACGAGCUCUGUCUCAACAGAAUUCCAGCCUGUAUGCCCCGGGUACCAUCGCUUUGUUCGGAAUCCGGUUCUCUUCGGACUCGGAGUGAUGUUGCUCGAGCUCGCAUUUCAAGCCCCUCUAUCGUCCCUGGAACGGUCGACCGAGCUACAAGGAGAGGAAUCCGAUUUCAUUGAAUAUUUCACAGCCUGCCGAGUGGUAGAGUUCAGUCAUGCGAAGAUCAGCAAAAGCUUCAAAGAUGUCAUCAAAAGAUGUUUGUAUUGUGACUUUGGACAUGACAAUGACUUCACGAGUCCUGCCCUUCAGCAGGCUUUUUACAACAAUGUCAUUACGGUCCUUGAAGAUCUGGAAGAGCGAUUCAGAGAGCUUCAACUUGACUAA